AUGUGGAAUAAAGCUCUGUUUGGUCAUGGCUGUCUAGAGCUGUGGCUAGGCCGAGGCCUGCCCUUAAGCCCGUAUCUUCGGGGUGUCAUCAUCCAACUGUUAAGGAAGGAGAUGAAACCACAAGAUUCAAAAUCCAGACGCACUUUUUUCUUGCUCCUGGGGUCAAAGACUUCCUUGAGUGGUCAAUGCUUCGUGCAUGGAUGCGGGAAUGGCUGCGUUAUUGUCAUUGGUACUAUGGUACUGGAUCCAUGGGUAUCCAUUGAGGCCUUCUUUGAUGCGCCAGUUGUGAAUGUGAAAUGGAAGGCUGAUCGGAAGAGCGUUGAGCUCGUUCGAUUCGGUCUUUUAUGGAAGAUUUUUGAUUUGGUGGGUCAAUUAGGUGUCUCUUUUAGGUGUCCGAUCCUAGAAGAUUCAUCUGGAUCAGAGAGAUCUGGUCCAUGGCUUCUUGGUGGAGUUGAUGGCACGUCUUUCUUGGUCUCGCCUGUCGGCCUUUUCCAGCCGAAGGCGGGUAAGGGGGUUAUGGUUUGUGGGAUUGUUAAAGAUCCUUCUAAACCUGAUCCCGCUUAUAUAACCAUCUUGUCAAAUGAUAAAGGAAAAUGGCCUGAUUAUCCACUUUUGUCCGUAGCUCCUCUCUCAGAAAGACGUCAGAGACUGUACUGCCAGAUUAUCAGGAGCUUAGAGGCGAGGUUCAUCUUUCUCUCAAGUAAGAAGAGUCAAAGGAGGCAGAAAGUAGAUCUAGUCAAUCUAAGACUGUUUCAAGAGUGGUGGAGCCCUUUGUUGUGGGAAGAGAAUUGUCACAGGGCGAUAGUUCUCAAUAGUGUACAAGGUUCAACAAAGACUGGUCAACAUUCACAACAAGGACGUACAGGAGAAGACGAAGGUCCUUUAUUGUUGAAAGAUGCUGAAGACAAUACGGGACCGAAGCUACGGGGGUCGACUCGUGUGUGGAAGCCGAACCCGAAGUGUGAAAAUUCAGCCUAUGCAGUGAUGAAGGGAGAGGUUCGAAUCCUACUUGGGGAGAUCCAUGGUUUGACCGGGCCUGUCCUUCUCCCUAGAAUCAUUCUCAGGAUUGUUCAGCUUUCUAGCGGAAUCGUCAAACAAAGAGAAGGAUGUACUGACUCCCAUCCCAGUAAUCCGGAAAAAGAUGGAAGUUUCUUGUCUCUUUUCAAAAAGCAACAUUUCAGCCAGAAGUGUCGGUUGUUGUUAGUUAAUGGACUUUCAAUUGGAAGGAAUUCAUUUUUCUUUCCUUUCGUUAGGCCUACUGAAGCGUUCGAAAAGACUUCAAUGGCUAAUUAUCAGUGUGAAUCGCUGCUUAUCUCCCAAGCUUUCAAGUAG